AUGAAUGAAAUUUUUAAAGAGCUCAUCCUAAAGAUAGAAACUUGGAAUUUUGAGGGAGAGAAAGUUGGGGUAGGCUCUGGAAGGAAUAGAAAUGAGGCAGAUUUAAUAAAAGAGAUCACUACUACAAUCAGACGGUUGCUAGAGCUCUCUGACACUGCUCUCAGUAUAGAAGGCUGUUCUCAGAUUGCUCGCAAGCAAGGAUUCCUUAUUGAUGAAGACCAGAGAGACUGUAAGGAAGCCAAAGAAAAGGCACAGAUUAUAAUGGCCCUCCUGGGAGAAAUGAACUUAUCUCACAUCAAGGAAAAUUUACUACCCCUUCAGGGACAACUGUGGCAUUGGUGGUGUAAAAUGGACAAAGAACUCUAUCAUCUAAGAGAGAAGGGGAACAGGAGCAUUGAACAACACAAGAGUGAUAUUGAAACAGAAAAACAAAUAAUAAGGCAUAAACAGUUGAAAAAAGCUUUUCCUCCCAAUGACUUAAUGCAGUCCUUCCUACAAAUUUUGCAACGCUCAAAAACUCAGGUCAAACUCUACUUUUUACAGUGGCUGAGUGUUUUCAUGGAUGGAUUCACUUCAGAACACUUGGAAAAUUUGCGUGAGAAGCAAAGAUCUUUCUGGUCAAUGAUACAAACAGAAAAGCAAAAGGCACAGAAAAGCAACUCCCUGGAUCAUUGGCAAAAGAAACUGGAAGCCAUCUCCAUGGAGAUCAGUGCCUGUACCUUGGGAAUUGAGCAGCUUCUCAGAGAAGUUGGGCAGAUGUAUGAAGCUCUGGAAGAAACUUCCUGCAAAAGAGAUAUCGUUUUUCUCUCUCUUCCCCAAAUUGCUGCAGACCUCAUGGUAUCUGGUGUCCCCAUUGAGCUGAUGGAUGGGGAUGCAUCUUAUGUGCCUCUAAAAUGGGUGGUGGCUGUAUUUGACAAGGUCUCUGAGAAACUUCCAGGCAAGAAACUGUUUGUUCUUUCUAUCCUUGGCCUGCAGAGUUCAGGGAAGUCCACCCUGCUGAAUGCUCUUUUUGGGCUGCAGUUCAGUGUCAGUGCAGGCAGGUGUACCAGGGGGGCAUACAUGCAGCUUCUGAAGGUGGAGGAGACCUUCACAGAGGAACUUGGAUUUGAUUUUCUGUUGGUUGUAGACACAGAAGGACUCAGGGCCCCAGAACUCAACAACAAAUCCCAGAAUAGAGACAAUGAGUUGGCAACCUUUGUCAUUGGACUUGGAAACUUGACUCUGAUCAAUAUUUUUGGAGAGAAUCCAUCAGAGAUGCAGGAUAUCCUACAAAUAGCUGUCCAAGCCUUUCUGAGGAUGAAACAGGUGAAAAUCUCCCCAAGUUGCCUCUUUGUCCAUCAGAAUGUGGGGGAAGUUACAGCUAAAGAGCAAACCAUGGAAGGACGAAGGCGACUAGAGCAGAAACUAGAUGAAAUGGCAGCAACUGCUGCUGAGCAAGAACAGUGUUCAGAUGUAUCCCGCUUCAGUGAUGUCAUUAAGUUUGAUGUCAACACUCAUGUCCACUACUUUGCUCACCUCUGGGAUGGCAAUCCCCCAAUGGCCCCUCCUAAUCCUCAAUAUAGUCACAAUGUCCAAGAACUAAAAAGUAGAAUUCUUUCAAUGGCUAAACAGGAAUUUAGGGGAAAUAUCAUGAAGAUAUCAGAUGUGAAAUUGCAAGUUAAAGAUUUGUGGAGAGCCCUUGUCAGUGAAAAUUUUAUUUUCAGUUUCAGAAAUACCCGAGAGGUCGUGGCCAUGAGCAAACUGGAAACCAAGUAUAACCAGUGGUCCUGGAAGCUGAGGAGUCACAUGCUGCACUUGCAGAAUCAGCUGAACAAUCAGAUUCAGAAUGGGAAAAUUCAGACACUCAAAAUAAGCUCACUGGACGAUCCAAUUAUAAAAACAUAUGAAACCAUUAAGGAAGAUCUUGAGAAGUAUUUUAAUGAAGACCCAGAGAGUGAAAUACUGAUUCAGUGGAAAGGAAAUUUUGAAAAUAAGUUACUAAUCCUAAAAGAGACACUUAUUUCAGAUGCCAAAAGAGAAGCCAAUAAAUGUAUUACUCUUAAAGAAAGUCAAGAAACAUUGGAUAAGAAAAAGAUGGGCUAUGAAAAUGAAUUAUUGAAGAGGAGCCGAGAGUUGGCCUUAGAUGUAAAAGGUAAAGCACUGAGUGAGGAGGAGUUGCAGGAGAAAUUCAAUCAACUGUGGAAUGAAUGGGUCUAUGAUGUGUCCUCAAAUCUUCCUCCCACAAUGGAACCUAACAUUGAGGUGGAUUCUGAAAACAUCCUUUUGGAGCAUUUCAUAAAGGAGAAAAACAUGGUGAACUUACUAAAGACAAAUUCUGGAAAAAAAUUUCAAGUCAAGUAUGAUGAACAUGUCAAAAUGAGUAAGACAUAUGUAAUUUACCGAAAACAAUUAGAAGCAGGUGAUGAAGAGUUAAUUCAUAUGACUACUAACUGCAUUCUUUCAAGAUUUGAUGAAACUGUUGCUAAUAUUUGGAAGCAACAUCGUGAUUACAAUGUAAAUGAUUUUCAUGAAAUUCUGAGAAUCAUAGAAGAAGAAGUGAUAUCUGUACCCACGAAGGAAAGGUUCUCAUUUACAAGUAAAUACAAAAUGGAAUUAGCUUUGUGUUUAUUCCGAAGAGCAUCAAAAAUUUUUAAUGAAAUGCAUAAAGCAUUCAAGACUGCAAAUGAUCCUGUAAUCUCUCUGCAAAGUAAAAAAGAUGACUUCUUCAUGAGUUUCAAGAUCUCCUGCCAAGGAGCAACCUCUAUCAAGUCAUUUGUAGAUUUUCUGUGCAACAAGCUCAUUCCUGCUGUGUCUACCACCAUAUGGAAAAUCAUGGCCAUUAGAAUUGCUGAGGACAUGCAGGCUACCUGCCCUGAGUUCAAUGGAAAUAGGGCUAAACUGGAAAAAUAUAUUCUCAUCUCUCUGGCAGAAGAAGAAAACUUUGAUAAUUAUUGGGAAUACAUUCAUAACCCAGAAUCCUUUUUUAAGACUUAUAUUGAAAAACAUAUUAAAAGAUAUUGUUUGGAAAAAGGAGGUGAAAAAAUAAAGACUUUUUCAAAAAUAAAUUUAGACAUCAUCAAGAAAGCUAUCCUCUGUGCUAUUCAUGAAUCCACAGAAGAAGCUAAAGAUAAAAGCAGCACUGCAUCUGAGUGGUUGGAUUUGUUCUGUGAUCACCUGGGGAACAACUUGAUCUUUCCACGAACAGACUUGAGAAGCAUUGAACACCAGGAGAUAAAAGAUAUUGAGUUUCUCAAAGAAGCCAUGAGUGUAGAGUUGGAUGCUGCAAUGAUGAGAGCAGAAGAAAAGUUUUUAAGUAUGCCUAAAGAUGAAAUGUUCCUUGUAAUUGAGAAAAUCCUCUCUCAACAACUCUGUGGCUGCUGGAAACAAUGUCCCUUCUGUAAAUCAAUUUGUACCAACACAAUUCCUGCACAUGAAGGAGACCACAGUGUUCCAUUCCACCGUCCUCAGGCUGUCAAUGGAUACCAUUGGCAUAAAACAGAUGAGUUUGACAUUGAUUUCUGUUCUACUGCAGUGGCAAGUGAUACACAGUUUGUUCUGAAUGACACCCUGAAAUUCCGAUACAAGACCUAUCGCCAGGCAGGAGGAGAUUAUGCCACUUGGAAUAUCACCCCGGAUUCAUCCUCCCAGACAUAUUGGAAAUGGUUUGUCUGUUCCUUCAAAUCAAAGUUAGAAGAAACAUACCAGAGAAAAUUUAAAAAUAAAGGUGAAAUCCCUGAUUCAUGGACCCAAAUCACAAAGCAAGAUGUGCUUAAUGACUUGAAAAAAUAA